CUGUCCCAUACCUCAGUAUGUGCUAUCCCAGAAUUGUUAUUGUCAAAAAGGGAUAUCAGGAACAUAGAAUUUGGCCGCCCUGGUCCUCGACACGGCCUGAUGCUGCUUCACUGGCUAGCCAACAAUAUUCAAAUUGACAACAUGACACUCAAUUUCAAUGCAUCCAGGGAAGACUAUGGCAUUCAUUUCUAUGGAAACGCUGAUACCCCCAGUCCGUUACCUUCACUGUCCAGUCUCCAUGUAAGGUACUACUCACUAGGGAAUAUUGGUCACAAUAACAGCAACAAUGGCGCUAUGGCACCUCCUUAUUAUGUAACUCGAAAAUUCUACAACUCAAGGGGGACUGAGAACAACAGGGACAGGGUCACACUCAGAGUUAGGAACGAAGGGUCCAAUCAGCAAAGUGUGGACGAGGUCUAUGUCACACAGCACUAUCCACCAAAUGGAAACAGAGGAAGUGGCUAUGAUCCAGACAAUACAUACCGUGUCAAUGUCAGCCUCCUUAGACAAAUCCAAAGUCUACCAACCAUUAACCUAAAUGUUAUUCCACAAACAUAUCAUGUAGAGAUCAACCACAACAGUCUGCAGAGUCUGAAAAACACCUGGGGAGGCACACCUGGUCUGGUACUUCUUCUGGCUCUUGUAUUGCACUUUACACGUCCCAAUAUCUUAUUUAAGGAGCAAGCUCUUCGUUUAACAUCUCAACCCCAGAGUGGCAUGGACAACCCCAGAGUGGAUGACGAUAAAUCAUUGAUUAAGCUUGAGGUGAAAAUCACAGAUAGAGGGAAAGCCAGGAUCAUCUGGAGUGGGAUCCCCAAGAGGCUAUUAGACCAGGGUGUAAUGGUGAUGCUUUAUAAGAGCAAUGGAAGUGAAAGCAAACUAGACAGGGCCUCGGUCAGGGGCAAGCCUCAGUACCCCUCAACCCUGGUCUCCAGGUCAGGCUCCACAAGAAGGUAAUGAUCUUGUGUGUAUUUGCCACUAUUGGGGACGAGAUAUGUAGGAGUUCUGAGUUUCAUAAUGCCAACAGAGAGAUUCCUGUUGAUAUUAACGGACAUGACGCCAGUCUGCAGCUCUUCGUAAAGGAUGGAAAGGCCUGCGCUCGUCUGUAUGUAAAGAAAUCCUUCACUGCCUAGAAGAAAACGUUUCAUAACUCCUGGGUUGGGUUCUACUCUUCUGAAGGCACCCUGGAUUAUAACACCUGGCAAUGGGCUGUACAUUUCUCUGAGGAAAGCCACUCUGAUUGGGCAGAUAUACCUGGGUAUGAUGUCUAUGUGUAUGAGUCUAGUAUGACCAUGUCUCCUGGGGUCCAGGUCAGAUUCAUGCUGGAGAAAUCUGGGGGUGAAAAGGCACGCACUCCACCCUGGGAGAGACUUGUCCAGUGGUGAGCUCACCUGAUAACAUGAUAUAUGACGUUGAUAUUCUCAUUUUUAACUGCUUGUGUAACUGCUUUUGUCAAUGUUUAACAUUUAUAUACCCUGUUUUUCAAUUAGAUUCAUUUUAAUUGUUCAUCUGUGUGAAGUGUAAAAGAUAAUCUGUUCCCAAAAAUCCCUUCUUGUCACGGUCGUCAUAAUGAUUGGACCAAGGCGCAGCGUGCGUAGAGUUCCACAUAUUUUAAUAAAUCCAAACUCACCGAACAAAACGAUAAAGCACAAACUAAACGUGACGCUACUGGUGUGCACACAGGCAACUAACUGUAGACAAGAUCCCACAAAUCACAAUGGGGAAAAUGGCUACCUAAAUAUGACCCCCAAUCAGAGACAACGAUAAACAGCUGUCUCUGAUUGGGAA